AUGGCAUCCUUGCGCCUCCACAUCGAUGGCAGGAUCUUUCGCGAUUCCCAUAAACGGGAAGUAGUGAUGCGAGGCAUCAACGUGGCAGGCGAUGCGAAAUAUCCAAAGUCUCCAGAUCUUCCCUCCUUCGUGCCCGAUAAGUUCUUCGAAGCCGAUGACGUCUCAUUCGUCGGCCGCCCUUUCUCUCUAGAGGACGCGCAUACGCAUUUCAGAAGACUUCGCAAGUGGGGAUACAACACGAUCAGAUAUAUCUUCACGUGGGAGGCCAUUGAACAUGCGGGGCCCCACAUCUACGAUGAGGAAUGGAUCACGUUUAUGAUCGAGGUUCUCCGCAUAGCGAAGCAGUAUGGGUUUUAUAUUUUCAUGGAUCCUCACCAGGAUGUGUGGUCACGGUUCUCCGGGGGUUCCGGUGCCCCUAUGUGGACACUAUACGCAGCAGGUCUUAAUCCGAAAGGCUUCAAGAAAACCGAGGCUGCCCUUGUCCAGAACACAUAUGACAUUCCCGCCGAGUUCCCCAAGAUGAUCUGGAGUACAAAUUACACACGAAUGGUCUGCCAAACAAUGUUCACGCUCUUUUGGGCUGGCCGAGAUUUUGCUCCCAAGGCCAUUAUCGAUGACAUGAACAUACAAGACUACCUGCAAAGUCAUUACAUUGCUGCGUGCACACAUCUUGCGCAGAGGAUUCAUGAUGCUGGGGGCCUAGAAAACGAAGUGGUCAUCGGCUGGGAAAGUCUCAAUGAACCCAACCGGGGUCUCAUUGGCCUGCAAGAUAUUUCAAUAGUUCCACCUGAGCAACAGCUUCAGCUUGGAACGUCCCCCACUGCUUUCCAGGGCAUGCUUACAGCCGCUGGACGGGCAUGUGAGGAAACCACGUGGGGAUUCGGUAGCUUUGGCCCUUAUCAGACCGGUCGGGAACUUGUGGACCCGGAAGGUGAGAUAGCGUGGCUGCUGGCCGGCGAUACGGAUAUUGAUACGAGAUAUGGCUGGAAACGUGACUCUGGUUGGAAGCUCGGAGAGUGCCUCUGGGCUCAACAUGGCGUGUGGGAACCAUCCAGCGAUACUCUUCUUCAGAAGGACUAUUUCUCCAAAGUUCCCCAGACUGGAAAGAAGCUGGACUAUGAGAUUUUCACUAAUACCUAUUUCUUGCACCACUACCGAGCGUACCGCGAUGCAAUCCGUGCCGUCUGCCCGCAAACAAUCAUGCUGUGCCAACCGCCAGUGAUGGAGGUGCCUCCUGACCUGAAAGGGACCAUUGAUGACGACCCUAACAUGGUGCAUGCCGUUCAUUUCUAUGACGGGUUGACCUUAAUGACCAAGCACUGGAAUCGCCUCUAUAACGUCGACGUCAUUGGGGUUCUUCGAGGCAAGUACUGGGCCCCGGCCUUCGCUGUCAAAAUUGGGGAGACUGCGAUCCGCAAUUGCCUGCGUGAUCAGCUGAAAUUUCUGCGCGAAGAGAGCUUGAAAUACAUGGGCAACCACCCACUCCUCUUCACAGAGAUCGGAAUUCCGUAUGACAUGGACGAUAAGAACGCCUACAAAACAGGCGACUAUAGCAGUCAGACCAGUGCUAUGGAUGCCAAUCACUAUGCUCUCGAAGGGAGCACGGCCAAUGGGUUCACGCUGUGGGUGUAUGAAACUGAGAACAAUCAUGAAUGGGGUGAUUUUUGGAAUGGGGAGGAUUUGUCGAUUUGGUCGCGGGACGACCACGAGCUCCCCAGCGGUGGCGGAAUCCGCUCGCUCGACCCCAAUUCCCCUGCUUACUCGGAGAGCCAUAGUAGUGGCGAGCAACCAGAAGUCGGGCCACGCAAUCUGAAGCGUGCGUUGACGUCUCCCUCGAUAUCCAGUAGUUUCUCCCAGUCCCCCAAGGGCUAUCGUGCGGCCGAGGCCUAUCUUCGACCAUCCCCGAUCUAUGUCAGCGGGAGGCUCGACCAUCACGUCUUUGAUCUUCAGAACUGCACAUUCACCAUGUCCUUGACGGCGGAGGCGGCGACGAGCACCGAAGCGCCUACUGAGAUCUACCUUCCCGAAUUCCACUUCCCCGAAGAUCAGACCGACGUUGCCGUAAGUGGCGGUAAGUGGGAGUUGGAGAUCGACGAGUCUACCAAGGGUCAACGCUUGCUCUGGUGGCAUGCGGAAGGAGAACAGGACAUCAAGAUCGAAGGCGUCAAGCGCAAAGUCGGCGAAUAUUCCAAUUCGGGCGAGGACGUGACCUACCUGGAACAGUGUCAACGUGGCCAAUGUGUAAUGAUGUGA